AUGGCCCCUAAGAGAAAGUCUGACUCAUCAGAAUGCAAUUCUGCCAAGAAAGCUAGGAAGGCACUGUCGUUGGAGACGAAGAUGGGCGUAAUCAAGAAAUAUGAAGGUGGGAUGAAAGUUAAUUGUAUAAGCAGAAGUCUCCAUCUCUCCCACUCCACGGUCUCCACCAUUCUAAAGGACAAGGAAAGGAUUAAGGACGCAGUGAAAGGAGCAGCCCCGAUCAAGUCAACUAUUAUCACCAAACAGCGUGAAGGACCGAUAGCAGAGAUGGAAAAGUUGCUAUUUACGCGGCUGGAAGAUAAUAGACAAAGAAAUGUGCAAGUGAUGUUGCGAGCAGUGCAAAGCAAGGCAACAAGUUUAUUUAAAAUGUUAAAAGAGAAAGAGAGCGAUAAGGGCAUUCCGUUUAAGAUUUUGUUAGUGCUUGACAAUGCGCCUGGCCACCCGACGCACUUGGAUGAUCUUCAUCCUAACGUGCGCGUUGUCUUCCUUCCCCCUAAUACCACCCCCCUAAUCCAACCCAUGGACCAGGGUGCGAUUUCUACAUUCAAGGCGCACUACUUAAGAAUUUCCUUUGACCAAGCCAUCGAAGCUGUGGAUGAAAACCCUGAGCUGACUUUGCGCGAUUAUUGGAAAUCGUACAAGAUUUACCAUUGCAUCAAGCAUGUCGCUAAAGCUUGGGAUUUGGUGACAGAAAAAUGUAUGAAUGGUAUUUGGAAACACUGCUGCAAACGUUUCCUUGGAGAUUUUGUUGGCUUCGAUAACGAAGAGGAACUAAGCAACGUCCUAGGAAAAAUUGUUAGCUUGGCAAAGCAACUUGAGUUUGGAUGUGAUGAAGAAGAAAUUUAG